AUGUAUGCGUGCUUUAUGUAUAGCACCUUGAAACUUCAAGAACCAAAACCACCAUUUUGUUUAUUCGCAUCAUCUCAGCAACCUACUGCACCUAGUCAGGUCACAGUUGUGUUUCUUCUGUUAAGUCCUAGGAUGCCAAAGUCUCUCCGCUAUGAUUUGUGUGACGACCGAUUAACUUCCCGUCCGUAUGAAUGUAGUAGUAACUUAUACGAUGAAAGUUAUCAACUUCGAGAUGAAUAUUCAAGAAAACACAAAAAGCAUUCUCAUCGCUCGAAGGGACAUGGAAACCAUACAUCCAAGUAUUCUAGUCACAAGCACAAAAGGACAGGUGACUGGUCACCUGAAAUCUCCCCUAAUGAUGCUCCUAAAAAAAAGAAAAAGCACAAGAGGCGUUCUCGCAGUCGUAGCAGUGACAGAAAGGUCCGUGUUUCCAGGCAUCACUCUCCGGAAUGUACGGAUAUCAGCUCCUUCAAGUUCCGAUCCAGUCUUAUGUCCGAGCUAUCAAAACAUCACAACUUUAAGGAGAAAAUUUUAAAGGCUCAAAACGUUCAUGAGACUUAUGAGAUCAAAGAUUUUCGCCCAGUAUCCGCUGAACGUGACUUGAAACAAUCAAAUGUGAAGUGUUUCGAAGCUCCUAAAUCUGAGUCCUCUCUAAUCCCAUUAGAUGAAAUAGCUUUACCACCAGAGCCAAGUAAAAAGCUGUCAAGCUCGGUUUCCUCAGUCAGCACACCACUGUCUAAGGAAACUGCUAUACGAGAUUCCAAUCCAGAUUCAACCGUAAAGGAUCCUCAUCGGAUAGAUUUGCUGCAAACGAAUAAGUUGCUAAAAACACACCAAUUACCAUUGCCUACGGAAACUCUGUUUGAGGAUAAAAAACCGUCUAUUACGGAACUUCCGUUGCCUCCUGGCUUUGACAGCACAAACCUAGACACAAUCUUUCCUAAUAAGUCACCAAAGCAUUCCGUCCCUGGGUCGACAGUGAAACCUGCCGUCAGGCAAAGGAUAACUAAACGUCCCAAGAUUUGCGCACUUAGAAGCAAAAGUCGUAAUAACAAGACAUGGGGAGAGCGUUCUGUGACGGCUUUUGACACACUAAUUCAAGUUGGUGAAGGUACGUAUGGUCAUGUCUAUAAAGCAAGAGAUAAAAUCACUGGGGAAUACAAAGCAUUGAAAAAAGUUAGGCUAGAGAAUGAAAGGGAGGGAUUUCCCAUAACCGCUGUUCGAGAAAUAAAAAUACUUCGCCAACUCAGACAUCCUAACAUUGUUAACUUAUGCGAAAUCGUUACUGACAAGGACGAUCCUACUGACUUUAAGAAAGAUAAAGGUGCUUUCUUCCUAGUUUUCGACUACAUGGAUCAUGAUCUUUAUGGUAUUUUAGAGUCUGGAUUGGUAGCUUUCAGUGAACAGCAUAUCGCUUCUCUGAUGAAGCAGCUCUUGGAUGGCCUUAGUUUUUGUCAUGAUAGACAUUUUCUUCAUCGUGACAUAAAAUGUUCUAAUAUCCUGAUUAACAACAAAGGACAGCUGAAGUUAGCGGAUUUUGGACUGGCACGUUUAUAUAUCGCUGGAGAUAAAGAAAGACCGUACACGAAUAAAGUCAUAACCCUGUGGUAUCGACCUCCAGAAUUACUACUUGGUGAAGAAAGAUAUGGCCCAGCCGUUGACAUAUGGUCUUGCGGGUGCAUAUUAGGAGAAAUGUUCACUCGUCGACCAAUGUUUCAGGCUAGUGAAGAAGUCGAACAAUUAGAAGUCAUAUCACGAAUUUGUGGGUAUCCAGAUCCAGCUAUAUGGCCUAAUGUUGAAAAAUUACCUUUCUAUUCGACAAUAAAACCUAAAAAGAUGUACAGACGCAGACUCCGAGAAGAAUAUCACAUCAUUCCACCACAUGCUGUAGAUCUCCUCGAUCAUAUGCUUCAAUUGGAUCCCCAAAAGCGAUGUAGUGCACGUGAAGCGCUAGCUUCACCAUGGUUACGGAAUAUUGACCCUACAAAGAUUUCCCCACCAAGAUUACCUGUUGACCAAGAUUGUCAUGAAAUGUGGAGCAAAAGAAGGCGACGCAUGUUGCGCCAGGAGCAGGAAGUAAAGGCUCAGAGAAUUGGCCAAGAAACAUCCUCUUCCAAGUUCCCAGCUGUCACAUCUCGUACUUCCAUAGUGGAUGUUAAUUCUGUUCCAAAUGGACCCUCUCGAAACCAAGUAUAUUCAACAAGCAGUAGAUCUGGAUCAUUCAAACAAAGCAUUCCAAACAAACUUAGUAGUGACGGAUUUCCAGACAGUAGUUUCAACAUGACACAACUUCAUCAUCCUCAAAUUUCUACUAAUCCCAUAGAUUCCACUACUAGUCUUAAGAAUCAGCUACGAGACUUAUUGGCGGAUUUCGCAGAUUCUGGAAUAGACCGUUUCAAAGAAUCUAUCACUGAAGCACUGAAAGCAAAUCCUAAUUUAUUAAAAGGAAUGCAAGAAUUACUUGGUCCUAGUGAUCCUAGUGAAAAUGCCUCAGCUGUUCUUGCGUAUAUUUUAUCAUUGUUGGCAGAUUUAAGUAGUCAGAGUUCAACUGCUAUGGAAAUGAGUGAUGCAAGUAUCCAAACGGCAUCUUCACAGAUUCAUCCUCAACAUUUGCCACGUGAUUCAAAUAAUCAACUAACCUAG